AUGGCUCCGGUGGUCUCAAAAGUAGGGAUUAUUGGUGCCGGAGUGAGCGGCAUAGCUGCUGCGAAACACCUAAGCCAUCACAACCCUAUUGUCCUCGAAGCCUCUGACUCCAUUGGAGGGGUCUGGAGGCAUUGCUCCUACAACUCCACAAAGCUUCAGUCGCAUCGUCGCGAUUAUGAGUUCUCUGACUUUCCCUGGUUCGAUAGGGACAAACCUGAAUAUCCUUCUCACCUUGAGAUAUUGGAUUACUUGAACUCUUACGCAGAGCACUUUGAUGUGCUCAAGUUUGUGAGGUUCAACUCCAAGGUCGUCGAGGUUCGUUUUAUUGGUGACCGGGAAACCACUGAUGCAGGUUUUAAACCACCGGCGGGGCAGCCUGCUUGGGAAGUUGCUGUGCAGACCAGUGGUGAAGACACCAUUCAGUGGUACGCCUUCGAGUUCCUUGUGGUAUGUAUUGGGAAAUAUGGUGACAUACCCAGAAUCCCUGAGUUUCCACACAACAAAGGCCCUCAAGCGUUUCAAGGUCAGGUUCUGCAUUCUCUUGAUUACUGCAAACUAGACAAGGAAGCUGCUUCUGAGUUACUCAAGGAUAAGAAGGUCGUCGUAGUUGGAUACAAGAAAUCAGCCCUUGAUUUAGCUGUGGAGUGUGCUGAGGCAAAUCAAGGACCAAAAGGGCAACCAUGCACAAUGGUGGUGAGGACUCUACACUGGACAGUUCCCCAUUACUGGGUUUGGGGUUUGCCAUUUUUCUUGUUCUAUUCAACAAGGGCGUCACAGUUUCUCCAUCCAAGACCUAAUCAGAGUUUCAUCAGGACCAUCACCUGCCUUCUAGCUUUAUCUCCUUUGAGGCAUGCAAUUUCAAAGUUCAUAGAAUCAUACAUCCUGUGGAAGCUUCCCUUGGAGAAGUAUGGACUAAAACCAGAUCACUCUUUUGAGGAAGACUAUGCUUCAUGCCAGAUGGCUAUCACACCUGAGAACUUGUUCUCCGAGGCUGAUAAGGGAAGGAUCAUGUUCAAGAGAUCACAAGGAAAUUGGUGGUUCAAUAACGAUGGAAUUGAGUUUGAUGACGGCAGUAAGAUCGACGCUGAUGUUGUGGUCCUUGCAACUGGUUAUGAUGGUAAGAAGAAGCUCAAAGCCAUAUUGCCAGAUCCCUUCAGAAGCUUGUUGGAAUACCCUUCUGGUAUUAUGCCCUUAUACAGGGGUACAAUUCAUCCUUUGAUCCCAAACAUGGCGUUUGUGGGUUAUUUGGAGAGUGUUUCGAACCUGCAUUCGUCUGAGUUGCGCAGCAUAUGGCUGGCUCGACUUAUAGAUAAUAAGUUUAAGCUCCCAAGUGUGGAGAAAAUGCUGGAGCAGACAACUAAAGAGCUGGAAGUGAUGAAGGACACCACCAGGUUCUACAAGAGGUUCUGCAUCUCUACUUUUAGCAUCAACCACAGUGAUGAAAUUUGUGAGGAGAUGGGAUGGACAUCUUGGAGGAAGAAUACCUGGUUAGCAGAGGCAUUUAGCCCUUAUGGGGGUCAAGACUAUCUGCAGAAAUACUGA